CAAGCAGCUCGCUGCAAGUUGUGAACGAACAUACCACCAUGGCGUCGUCUUCAUCGGCAUUGUUGGCGCUUCCGGUUCUUGUGCUUUCUAUUGCCUUCUCCAUUGUUCAUGGUACUGCAGAUGACGCGCAAAGGUACAUGGUCGUAGCAUCUAGUUCCCUGGAGCCAUCAGAAGUCUGCUCAGGCCAAAAAGUUACCUCAUCCAAGAACGGUGCCACGCUACCACUAGUCCACCGUCACGGCCCGUGCUCUCCGGUCAUGUCCAAAGAGAAGCCUUCGCACGAGGAAACGCUCGGCCGAGACCAACUACGAGCCGCCAACAUCCACGCGAAGCUUUCUUCUCCUCGAAACAGUAGCGCGAAAGAGCUCCAGCAGUCGGGCGUGACUAUCCCGACUAGCUCCGGCUACUCCCUGGGCACCCCAGAGUACGUGAUCACCGUCAGCCUGGGCACGCCCGCCGUGACCCAGGUCAUGAGCAUAGACACAGGCAGCGACGUCUCGUGGGUGCAGUGCGCUCCGUGCGCCGCGCAGUCGUGCUCCUCGCAGAAGGACAAGCUGUUCGAUCCGGCCAAGUCCGCGACGUACUCCGCCUUCUCCUGCAGCUCUGCCCAGUGCGCGCAGCUCGGCGGCGAGGGCAAUGGCUGCUUGAACUCGCAUUGCCAGUACAUCGUCAAGUACGUCGACCACUCCAACACCACGGGGACGUACGGCUCCGACACACUCGGCCUCACCACGUCCGACGCCGUCAAGAACUUCCAGUUCGGGUGCAGCCACCGCGCAAACGGCUUCGUGGGCCAGCUGGACGGCCUCAUGGGGCUCGGUGGCGACACGGAGUCCCUCGUGUCGCAGACGGCUGCGACCUACGGCAAGGCGUUCUCCUACUGCCUCCCGCCGUCGUCGAGCUCCGCUGGAGGGUUCCUCACCCUCGGCGCAGCUGCUGGUGGCACGUCCUCGUCGCGCUACUCACGCACGCCGCUGGUGAGAUUCAACGUUCCCACGUUCUACGGCGUGUUCCUCCAGGCCAUCACCGUGGCCGGGACCAAGCUCAACGUGCCGGCCUCGGUCUUCUCCGGCGCGUCCGUCGUCGACUCCGGCACCGUCAUCACGCAGCUGCCGCCGACGGCGUACCAGGCGCUACGGACGGCGUUCAAGAAAGAGAUGAAGGCGUACCCGUCGGCGGCCCCGGUUGGCAUCCUGGACACCUGCUUCGACUUCAGCGGCAUCAAGACGGUCAGGGUGCCGGUGGUGACACUGACUUUCUCCCGCGGCGCCGUCAUGGACCUCGACGUCUCCGGCAUAUUCUACGCUGGCUGCCUCGCGUUCACUGCCACGGCCCAAGAUGGCGACACCGGAAUCUUGGGGAACGUGCAGCAGCGUACGUUCGAGAUGCUAUUCGAUGUCGGAGGGAGCACCCUUGGAUUCCGCCCUGGCGCUUGCUAAAUUUCUAUUAAUAAUUUCAAGGGAAUACGGG